UCACGUUGAUCGCCUAUUCAAACAAAAUAUUAGUGUUGUUCAAAAAAAAAAAAAACUAAUUUAUACAAUACUUUUUUACAUAACUACGUAGUUUUCCAGAUACUACUUCCGACAUUUAGUUAUUAUAAUUUUUAUGAAGGUUAUAUAAGCUGCAAAGUUGUUUGUGUUGUAAAUUAUUAUUAAUUUGCAUUGUGAAUUACUAACAUAUUAUCGCGAUAACGAUUUAGUCGACAAAACGUCCAUUACAUAGGAGUUUAUAUUUUUCAAAACGAACUCUGGACAACCAGUUCAACAAGAGUAAUAUUGUGUCAGCUAAUAUAACUUCUAUGUUUUAUGCUUUUCGUUUAAGUAUUUUACUCGUAACUGCAUCAUAGUUUAUCACAGAUACUCUCGGGGAAAAAAUGGCCGCGCUAAAAUUUGUUUUGAUUUUGAUCAUUGGAGAUUUCAUCAAACAUGUGAUGAUGUACAAUCCAAUGUUAACGUAUACGUUACGUUUUAAAAAAGCUUCCGUACAACCGAAAAGCUUUGGGAAUUUAACCAUCGACCAAUACAAAGGAACACAAUUCCUUAAUGGAAAUUUUACAAUUCCUUCGACAUCAACAAUCACCAAAAUUGUCGGCAUUUUCUAUCGUUGUGAUUCUGAAGGCAUUAACUGUGAAUACUUUCAAACGUGGACAUUUACAGAUCUCUGCUCUAAAAUGAACCAAGAGAACCAAGUAUGGUCUCGUUGGUACGGUUCUAUUCAUCCACCACUCGUUUGUCCAUUUGAUAAAAUUCAUUACCAAAUGAUAAAUGGAACUUAUGAUAUUGGCGUGGUAGUUGCAUUGUAUCCUCUAGUAACUGAUUACCAAUGGAGAAUUAUUCAAAAGUUCUACGAUAAUGAUACAUAUAUCAGUAGUAUCAUCCUGGAAUUGAUAUAUUUUGGCUACAGGAAAAAAAUCAAGUUUAUUCCAAAACUAUAACAUGUUAUCAAUACAUUUCAAUUCAAUAUAAGCAAAGUUGUAUUAUUUAUUCAUUACCCACUUUAAAAAAAAAAGUGCGUAUUGCGAGUUCGCGCUGGUGAAAUGAAACUUCUUUAGAGAGGGUACGAAAAAUAAAAUCGCCAUGACACACGUUUCUAUAGUUUGUUUUGUAUAAAAAAUAAAAUAUAUCAGAAAGAAUGCAAAAAAAUUGGUUUUUCCGAUCGGAAUUGAACCUGCAACUGUCAUCGGGACGUUUCGCCUUUGUUUAACGAUUACGCCCUUUUUUAUAUACCCUCUGUAAAGAAGUUUCACUUCAAAAAAACUAUAUUAUUCAAAUGUAAAACGGU